GUACAGAUGGUCUCCAGGAAGAACAAUGCAUCUGCUAUCUGGUGAACGGCCUCUUCUCUCCUGAGGUCCAGCUGUAUGAGAGGUACCGAGUACACCUGACCCUCCAGGAAGUGUUUCUGUGUCAUCCUGCUUCACAAAGGCCUGAAGUGGGAGACCAACAUCAACUCCAUCCUCAAAAAGGUCCAGAAAAUGAUUUACUUCCUGCAGUUUCUGAGGGACCACGGCGUGCCACAGGAGCUGUUGAGGCAGUUUUAUUCAUUGACUCGGUUCUGUGUUCCCCCAUCACAGUCUGGGUUGGUUUUACCGCAUGGAAGGACAAAAUUAGACUGCAGUGGGCAGUUGAGGCCAGGGUGCGUCUUUGCCCUGAAGUUUGACCGUGGCUGUGCGUAAUGGCGCAUCAGUGCCUCCCCGCGCCUCCUCUUCCUCCUCCUCGCCGUCCCCCCUCCUUCCCAUCACAGCUGGAUCGAGUUCCUCUCUUCAGCCCCUCUCAGCGCAGUGAGAGAGGGAGACAGGAGGGAGGGAGCACAAGUGCAGGCGAGUACUGUCGCUGCAUCCUGCAGAAGGAAGACAAAACAACAGGAACCCCUGCAAGGAGAUCUCGUCCCGAUCGCCUUCCUCUCCUCCGCGUCCUUUUGCCUCUCUCUUCCUGGCCAUUGUCCAAGCCUUGGCUGUAGAAUGAGCUCCAGCCUGCUGGAAAACCCGGUGCAGGCGAUCUUGUACCUGCGGGAGCUCACCACCAUCGUGCAGAACCAGCAAAGUCUCAUCCAGACGCAGCGCACCCGCAUCGAGGAGCUGGACCGGCGAGUGGAUGAGCUCAUCGGGGAGAACAGGCACCUGCGAGAUGUCCGCGUGCAGCAGCAUCAGCAUCCUUACACCGCGUACCCGCACCAACUCCUCCAUCAUCACCACCAUCAGAUUCACCCCGAGUUGGGAUGCCUCCAUCACCUCCACCUCGCUCAGGACCCCCAGACCAAGAGCUCGGCGGCAAACUCCGCGGCGAGCCCCGCGCCGGAGCAGGAGGCCGCACCGGCACAACAAGUCGACGGGGCAGCAAUGGCCCAGCCCCCUCCCACGGAACCUUUGGACCCGGGAGACAUGCAGCUGGUUCCGGCAGAGCCGACUACGGAUUCGCCGGUGGAGAGCGAGCCGGAUAACGGCGGGAGUUGCAGCGGUUGCCGCUCCUUGGUGCCGAUGACCCCGACUACUCUGUGUCGGUCACUGACCCUCGCCAAGACGUCCGAAAGCGAGACGGUGCUGCAUCAGUUCUGUUGCCCUGCCCCUGAGCAUCCCGAGGCCGACACCAGCGGCACGGCGAGCGGGCGGUUCCUGAGCCUGGAGGACGGCUCGUCCUCGGGCAGACCGGACGUGGAGGGCACCGCGGCCAAGCGGGAGGGGCCCAGCGAGUACGAGAUCUCCCUGGAGAACAAAAACAAACAGAUAGAAGACCUGGAGCAGAAGUACGGAGGGCACCUCAUCUCCAGACGGGCCGCCCGUCGCAUCCAGACCGCCUUCCGUCAGUACCAGCUAAGCAAAAAUUUCCAAAAGAUCCGCAACUCUCUCUCGGAGAGCAAGCUACCCCGCCGCAUCUCCUUGCGCCAACCCAGCCCCUCGGGACGGAACCGCAAUACCGCCCAGAGACACAGUUACUCUCUCCAUCCGGGAGGGGGACAGAUACCGUUACGUUCCAAGACGCCACCUCCGCCGCCGUGCCGCUCCACUUCUCUUCCCCCGUCUCCCGCCUCGGCCCCGGCGCCGGCUGUCCCUCCGGCCUCGGGACCGGGGCCCGCUCAAAGUCCUGGACCGUCGCUCUCACAGCUGGAGGACUGCUUCUCUGAACAACUUCACUCGUUGGCCCAGUCGAUUGAUGAGGCCCUCCGUGGUUGGAGCGUAUCGGAGGGCCCGGACGGCCAGGGACUCCUCAUGGACCCAGGGGCCCUCCGUGCCGCCGCCGAGAGUGCCUGCCUCCCCCGCAGCGCCAGCUCUCUGCUCAUGGCCUUCCGGGACGUCACCGUCCACAUUGAUAGCAAUAGUUCCUACACCAUCUCCUCUGCUACCACCACCACCACCACCACCUCCCUGGGGAACGCCGGCGGCGAAGCGGGCAGCAGGAAGACCUCCUUGAGCGGGAUGGGCCUCAUCAGAGGAGAGUCAACUGAGGAGCCUGAAUUCCCUGCGCCUCCUCCAAGCGAGGAGCUGGAGAAUUUGGAUCCGGGUUCGCGGAGAGGCUCGGCUGUGCCCCUCUCGGGGGGGUACGGCACCUUAGAAGGGGAAGGCAUCUCGGACAAAACAGGGUCCACCUCCACGUCUACCUCCACCGCCAUCGUUACAUCGACCCAGUCCGACCAGCAGCAGCCUGCCCAGAUUUACACGCAGUACCAGCAGUACCACUACACCCAUCCGCAGCAGCUGGCGGCGGGCACCGGGCCCGACGCCUUGCAGGCUCUGGUGGUCUCCCUGCCCAGGGAUCGAUGCCAAGAUCCGACGGCGUGCCGGUCGCCCACCCUAUCCACCGACACGCAUCGGAAACGGCUCUAUCGCAUUGGACUAAACCUCUUUAACGUGAACCCGGAAAAAGGAAUCCACUUCCUGAUCACGCGCGGCUUCGUACCCGACACGGCCAUCGGCGUGGCGCACUUCCUCCUCCAGAGGAAAGGCCUCAGCAGGCAGAUGAUUGGAGAGUUCCUGGGCAACAGCAAGCUGCAGUUCAACAGAGACGUUCUCGACUGCGUGGUGGACGAGAUGGAUUUCUCGGGCAUGGAGCUGGACGAGGCCCUGAGAAAGUUCCAAGCGCACGUGCGAGUGCAGGGCGAGGCGCAAAAGGUGGAGCGACUCAUCGAGGCCUUUAGCCAGCGCUACUGUAUGUGUAACCCUGAUGUGGUGCAGCAGUUCCACAACCCCGACACCAUCUUCAUCUUGGCCUUCGCUGUGGUCCUCCUCAACACAGACAUGUACUCGCCCAACAUCAAACCGCAGCGCAAAAUGGGCCUCGACGACUUCAUACGCAACCUCAGAGGUGUGGACGACGGCGCAGACAUCCCCAGGGAGAUGGUGGCCGGCAUUUACGAAAGGAUCCAACAAAGAGAGCUGCGAUCCAAUGAGGACCACGUCACCUACGUGAGCCGCGUGGAGCAGUCCAUCCUGGGCCUGAAAACUAUCUUGGCCGUGCCUCACAGACGUCUGGUGUGCUGCUGUCGUCUGUUCGAGGUUCCCGAUGCCAACAAACCUCAUAAACAGAAACUCUCGCAGCUCCAGAGAGAGGUCUUCCUCUUUAAUGACCUGCUCUUGAUCCUCAAGCUGUGCCCCAAGAAGAAAAGCUCGGCUUCUUACACCUUCUGCAAAGCGAUGGGUCUCCUGGGAAUGCAGUUUCACCUCUUCAGCAAUGAAUACUACGCCCACGGCGUCACCAUGAUGAGCCCCUUCACCUCCGAGAAGAAGCAGCUGGUGAGCUUUUGCUCACCAAGUGGGGAGGAGCUGCGGAAAUUCGCGGAGGAGUUGCGGGAGGCCAUUUCGGAGGUCAACGAGAUGGAGCACAUACACAUCCAGUGGGAACUGGAGAGGCAGCAAGGCAUCCAGCAUCACAGCAUACAUACGAAUGGCGGCCAAGUGGAUGCGCACACAGGACACGGAUCCCCCUCAGGUCAACAGGACGUGUACGAUAAAAGCGGCAACAACAACGCAGUGGAGGUGUCAAUUCACAACAGGCUGCAGACCUACCAACUGAGUCCGCCCGGCGUUGAGUCGACGCCCCCCCUGGCCCUGACCGCGCCGCCCGCCUUGCUCGGCCCCGCCCCGGCCGGGGAACUCCGCCCGGAGACGCUCAUCCAGUGUCAGCAGAUCGUCAAAGUCAUCGUAGUGGACCAGAGCGGGCGGGGCCGUAUGGAGGCCUUCCUCAGUCAGGGCCCGGCCGCCCACCAGCUCCUGCGAUCGGCCAUGUCCACGCCGGUCCACGUCCAGGGCGACGGCCCCCAGCCCCCUCUGCCGCCGCCCCCGCCCCCUUACAACCACCCGCACCAGUUCUGCCCGCCGGACUCGCCCAUGCCGCUACACCACACCAUGCCGCUCACUCGCAGACGCAACUCCAGCGGCUCCCGCAGUGUUGUUUGAAUUGAACCCGGCACCCCCCCCCACCCUCCACCCCAAAAAAGCUGCCACUAUGACCCUCGCGGAAACAGCAACAACAUGGAAUUGUUGGGUCACCAUUUUGUAAAGCCAACCGACAAUUGGCCAGCUGGUCCCACGUUUCGCCAUCUUCGUGGCACCGAGAUUCAUGCUAAGCAGGGGUGGGCAAAGUACGACCCUGAAUGGCAAUGUCUGUAAAUUUAAUAACAACGGAUCAGGCCCGCUCAUUCGUAGACGAGGUACAAAAAAAAAAAAAAAAAGUUAAAAUGUGUAUCUGAAGAAAGGAAUAUUUUUUAUUUUUAAUAAUGAAAAUAAUGAGUCGUACUCAUUUUUCAGCUUUUCAAUAUUUUUAAAUUAUUUAAUGAUAAUUUAUGAAUGGCUUAAUUAUAUAUUUAUAUGCAUAUAUGUUUUACUAAUACUCAUACUUUAUAUGAAUAUAUUUCAAUGAUAACAUUAUUCAUGCUCAUUUUGAAUCGUAUUAUUAAUUAA